CUUUUCCCUCUCCACCACCACACUUUGCAGCAUUAUGUGCCCUUAGGGAUGCACAAAAGGAGCAGCCCCAGUGCUUGUUGAGCACAGACACUACAAUUAUGAAUGGCCAUUGUAUAGACUGUGCAAGGUGUCUUCAAAAAAUAUUAUCAAGUACAGAAAACAUUCUGCAAUGACCUUAAUAUCCUGGUGAUAAUACACUACGAACAAGAAUGGAAGUAAAUUCAACUAUUGUAAACAGUAGUUCUGUUAACCAUAAACAGUUAGAAGGGCAUAGCCUUUUGGAAGUAAUCGCAAUUGCCAGUGUCACAGCGAUUGUAAGCCUAAUAACCAUAGUGGGAAACAUUCUUGUAAUGAUAUCUUUCAAAGUCAACAGUCAACUCAAAACUGUUAACAAUUAUUACUUGCUCAGCCUUGCUUGUGCAGACCUCAUCAUUGGAAUAUUUUCUAUGAAUCUUUACACAUCUUAUAUACUAAUAGGUCAUUGGUCUCUUGGAAGUCUGGCAUGUGAUCUGUGGCUAGCAUUGGACUAUGUAGCUAGCAAUGCCUCAGUAAUGAACUUGCUAGUUAUCAGUUUUGAUCGAUACUUUUCCAUCACAAGACCUCUAACCUACAGGGCUAAGCGCACACCCAAAAGGGCUGGCAUUAUGAUUGGUCUAGCUUGGUUAAUUUCCUUUAUUUUGUGGGCACCACCAAUCUUAUGCUGGCAGUAUUUUGUGGGGGAACGAACUGUCCCAUCUGAAGAAUGCCAGAUACAAUUUUUGUAUGAACCCAUUAUCACCUUCGGUACUGCAAUUGCUGCUUUCUACAUCCCAGUGUCAGUGAUGACUAUUUUAUAUUGCCGUAUUUAUAAAGAGACUGAGAAACGUACCAAGGACCUUGCUGAACUUCAAGGCUCUGAGUCUGUGACAGAGCUUGAGAUGAUAAAACCCCAGAAAGCUCUUCUGAAGUCCUGUUUUAGUUGCAAGCAACAAAAUUUAGCCAAAAGGGAGAGAUGUCAGGCUUCAUGGUCUUCAUCCAGUCGAAGCACGUCAGCCACUGCAAAAGUACCCCAAACACCAAAUACUUGUAAUGAUUGGUCUAAGGCAGACCAGCUAACCACCUGCAGCAGCUACGCAUCCUCAGAAGAAGAGGACAAACCUGCCAAUGAUUCAGUUUUUCAAGUAACUUACAAGAGUCCAGCCAAAGAUAAGAAAGAAGAGUUUAAUGAGGAGGAGAAUAAGGAAGUUUUUAUCAAAGACCACCCUAUGGAAAAUGAUUUUGAGACCCAGAAAUACUUUCUAUCUCCAGCCAAAAGCCAAGUGCAAAAAAGUCCAAAAUGUGUGGCCUACAAAUUCCACUUGGUGGUUAAGGCUGAUGGCACCCAGGAAACCAACAAUGGUUGCCGAAAAGUAAAAAUAACUACUUGCUCUGCUGCUUUAUCAAAGGACCCUUCCAUCAAAGGCAUGGAUCCAAAUUUAACUAACCAAAUCACUAAAAGGAAAAGAAUGGUCCUUAUAAAGGAGCGCAAAGCUGCCCAGACUUUAAGUGCCAUUCUUCUAGCUUUUAUCAUCACUUGGACUCCCUACAAUAUAAUGGUUUUGGUCUCCACAUUUUGCGCAGACUGCAUUCCCCUAACACUGUGGCACCUUGGAUAUUGGCUGUGCUAUGUGAACAGCACUGUUAACCCUAUCUGUUAUGCUCUCUGUAACAAAACUUUCAGAAAAACUUUUAAGAUGCUACUCUUCUGUCAAUGGAAAAAGAAAAAAAUGGAAGAGAAGUUGUACUGGCAGGGUAAUACCAAACUGCUAUAAUUGUAGUAGAUGAUGAGAGGAAAACAUAAAAAGUACGUAGUGACAUUGUCCACGCAUCGUAAAUUGGCUGCAGUUCUUUCUUUUCAAAGUUGUUGCUUUACAUGUCUGGGGACAAAAAUUCCUGCACAGAAAAGCCACAUUUUGCAUAAUGACAGUCUUGUGCAUGGG